GAAGCUUUGUUUUAAAAUUAUUUGAGCAUAUUGUUCAAGUCAUUACUUCGAUCAUGGAGCCGUCUCUGGGAUGCUAUUUAAAAUUUGUUCAAUUGAUCUAUAAACGUUCAAAUACAUCUCGGGCAUAAGAUAACUACUGUAUGAGAAAUGCACGGCAAUUCACGACUGCUUUACUAUUUUCUCGUAUUCAAUUCAACCUGUCUUUGUUACACGUCAAGUGAUCAAUGUAGUAACGAAAUCAACUGUGGCAGCUCCCAGGCAACUUUUCAAAAUUAUGAGAGAAGGAUUUUACUUAAUGAUGGAAAUUACAUACCAACGUUUGGACUGGGAGUUUGGAAAAUUCCAAAAGGCCAUGAAACGUUUAAUGCUGUUACAUGGGCAUUGAAAGCUGGCUACAAGCAAAUAGACACCGCAGCCAGAUAUGGCAAUGAAGAAAGUGUUGGUGAGGCAUUAAAGAAUUCUGGUUUACCACGAGAAGAUAUUUAUGUAACCACAAAGCUUUAUGACGACAGCCAUGGUUACAAUGAAACAAUUGAAGCAUUUCACAAGAGCUUGAACAGACUAGGAUUAAAAUAUAUUGAUCUUUAUCUUAUCCAUUCACCUGUUAAUGGUAAGAUUUUGUCUACUUGGGAAGCAAUGGUGGAACUACAAAACAAGAAGCUUGUUAGGUCUAUCGGGGUGUCAAAUUUUGAUAUUCAUCAUUUGGUUGAGCUACACAAGCAUACAAAUGUUCGACCGGCAGUUAAUCAAAUUGAAGUACACCCAUUUUUACAAGAAAAACGUCUUGUGAAAUACUGUAAAGACAAUGGUAUUGUCAUCCAGGCAUACUCUCCUCUUGCUAGUGGUAGAAAACUAAACGAACCGAGGCUGUUAAAAUUGGCUAAGAAGUAUAAUUCCAGUCCUGCCGUCAUCUUGAUCCAAUGGUGCUUAGAAAAAGGCUAUGUUUGCGUGGCAAAAAGCAGCAACAAGGACAGAAUUGAAGUGAAUUUAACUGCCUAUGGUUUAGUAUUGCAUGAAGAAGACAUCAACUUGUUGAAUAGCAUGGAGGAAGGAUUUCGUACUUGCCAUGAAAAAAUCAAAGAACCUUGGACAGGAUAGGAGAAAAAUCCUUGUUGGAGUCUGAUCUGCGCUGUACGUGUACACCGUACAGAGGUGUGCCUGUACAUAAAUAGAAAAAUGCAUGUUUAAUCAAUUAUGUGGUUGAAGAUGUUUAACCUUUUAAUUACCAGUUUAUAUAUUUUCAAUUAAGUUUCGUGAGCGUGCGUGCCAACGGCCUAUUACUGUUUAAAAUAAGUGGAAACCGGUUCUGAAUCGCAUUGUGAGUUUAUUAUCGCCCUGAUGCGAUUAUAUUGUCACAAACGACAGACGGCUCAACAGAUCCAGUAAAAUGCUAUGUUUAUAACAAUUCAAAGUUUCGUGGUUGAGUCCUUGGAGGAAAAUGAAAGGCAAUUGAUGAUGGAGGCGAUUACACGGAAAGUCAUCGUUCUUCGAAAAUUUUUUUCGUCGUAAUAUAACGAAAACACGAUGACUACGAGAACAGCAUGCUUUCGAUUAUUUUUCAUUCCUGUUAAAAAAAUUAAAACGACUGCUUAAACAAA